GGAUACACUACAUUAAAGCUGAGAAUUGGAUCCUGAGAAUUCAUAGAGCUGGACAAGAUUAAGCAAUGAGGAGGUCAACACAGCAUAAGUUUGACUGGGAGGAGAGAAAGUCCACUUUGAUCUAUGCUGUCCGAAUGGCCACAUUUAGAACAUGGGGGAUGUUGACUCAGGGGUCAGAGUUCAGUUCCUGGGCCCAAUCUUCUGAACUACCUGAUAAUCAGAGAAAAAGAGAAGCAGCUUUUACUGAGCUAUCAAGUAAAAACGGCCUGUAUGAGGAACACCAGACAGCAAGAGAUGUCCAGAACAUGGCAGAACACAGCAAAUACGACACUGUUAUUGAGCUGGAGAGGCCCUGUGACCUGAAGGACACAGAUAUCAUCAGUGCCCAUGAAAUUUGUCAAGCCAAGAUCACACCAUGGGAAGACAGGAUGGCUCGCUUUGGAGACGUUCUUCCUUCCCGCUAUGGAGGUCCAGCGGGCGCUGGGAGAGGGGGAGCCCGAGCGGGAGGUCCCCCGGGCGGGCAAAGAAUGUACAAACAGUCGAUGGCUCAGAGAGCCAGGACAAUGGCUUUAUACAAUCCCAAGCAAACCAAACAGAAUUGUUUCACUGUCAACCGGUCCUUGUUCAUCUUCAGCGAGGACAAUGUCAUAAGGAAAUACGCCAAAAGAAUUACCGAAUGGCCUCCAUUUGAGUACCUGAUCCUUACCACCAUCAUUGCCAACUGCAUCGUAUUGGCCCUCGAGCAGCAUCUCCCUGCCAUGGACAAGACCCCCAUGUCUGAACGUCUGGAUGACACAGAGCCCUACUUUAUUGGAAUAUUCUGUUUCGAGGCCGGCAUUAAGAUCAUCGCCUUGGGAUUCGUGUUUCACAAAGACUCCUACCUACGCAACGGGUGGAACGUAAUGGACUUUGUGGUCGUUUUGACAGGGAUUUUAACCACAGUAGGUUCAGAAUUUGACUUAAGGACGUUGCGUGCUGUUAGAGUGCUGAGACCCCUCAAACUGGUGUCAGGAAUUCCAAGUCUUCAAGUAGUAUUAAAGUCCAUAAUGAAGGCCAUGGUUCCUCUUCUUCAGAUUGGACUUUUGCUCUUCUUUGCCAUUGUCAUGUUUGCCAUCAUUGGCGUAGAGUUCUACAUGGGCAAGUUCCACUUCACCUGCUUUAAGCUGGGAACAGGAGAAAAGGUUGGUGAUUACCCAUGCGGUUCAGAGUCACCCUCGAGACUGUGUGCCAAUGGAACAGAGUGUAAAGAUGACUGGAAAGGACCCAAUUUUGGCAUCACAAACUUCGAUAACAUUCUCUUCGCCAUACUCACCGUCUUCCAGUGCAUCACUAUGGAAGGAUGGACUGAUGUACUAUACCAUGCCAAUGAUGCCUCUGGGAACACCUGGAACUGGCUCUACUUCAUUCCUCUCAUCAUUAUUGGCUCCUUCUUCAUGCUUAAUCUCGUCCUGGGUGUCUUAUCAGGGGAGUUUGCCAAAGAGAGAGAGCGAGUGGAGAAGAGGCAGGAGUUCUUGAAGCUCCGUAGACAGCAACAGAUUGAAAGAGAGCUCACCGGCUACCUGGAAUGGAUCUGCAAGGCGGAGGAGGUAUUGCUGGCAGAGGAGGACCAGAAUGCAGAGGAGAAAUCCCCUCUGGAUGGUGCGUGGUACAAGAGGAAACAGAACAACCCAGUCCUGAAAAGAGCAAAGACCAGAAAGGGUAGAAAGGACCUCAUCAGUGCUGAAGAGGGAGAGGAACAUUUAAAAGACAUCUCCUCUGUUGCACCCCCUGGAUCACCCUUUGCCAGAGCUAGCCUGAAGAGCAGUAAGAACGAUAGCUCCUCGUACUUCUGUCGUAAGGAAAAGAGGGCACGUUUUUUCAUUCGGCGGAUGGUGAAGGCACAGAGUUUCUACUGGAUCGUUCUGUGUUUGGUGGGACUGAACACGCUUUGUGUGGCCAUUGUCCACUACGACCAGCCUGAAUGGCUCACCAAAGCCCUGUACCUAGCAGAGUUUGUGUUCCUGGGUCUGUUUCUGACAGAAAUGACUCUGAAGAUGUAUGGCCUCGGGCCCAGAAACUACUUUCACUCCUCGUUCAACUGUUUUGACUUUGGGGUAAUUGUGGGGAGUAUAUCUGAGGUGGUGUGGGCAGCAAUCCAGCCUGGUGCGUCUUUUGGGAUCAGUGUUCUGAGAGCCCUUCGUCUGCUUCGAAUCUUCAAAGUAACCAAAUAUUGGAACUCUCUGAGGAAUCUUGUAGUUUCUCUGUUGAAUUCCAUGAAGUCCAUCAUUAGCUUGCUCUUCCUCCUUUUCCUCUUCAUCGUGGUGUUCGCCCUGUUGGGCAUGCAGCUCUUCGGGGGCCAGUUUAAUUUUGAAGAUGAAACACCCACAACAAACUUUGACAGCUUCCCUGCAGCCAUAAUGACAGUCUUCCAGAUUUUGACAGGAGAGGAUUGGAAUGCAGUGAUGUAUCAUGGGAUCGAGUCUCAGGGUGGCGUCCGAAGUGGAAUGUUCUCCUCUGUCUACUUCAUUGUUCUUACACUUUUUGGAAACUAUACACUUCUCAAUGUAUUCUUGGCCAUCGCUGUGGAUAACCUUGCCAAUGCACAGGAGUUGACAAAGGAUGAAGAGGAGCAAGAGGAGGCAGCGAAGAAGAGCAUGGCUCUUCAAAAGGCCAUGGAGGUGAAGGAGGUCAGCCCCAUGUCUGCAGCCAACAUCUCCAUAGCAGCUUUUGUAAAGCAAAAUCGAGAUGCAAUCUCUCGCAGGUCUUCAGUCUGCAGCGUUCACUCACCUAAAGAGCAGCAGAGAUCCCUGCAGAAGAUGUCCAUAUGGGAGCAGCGCACCACCCAGCUGCGCAGACACAACCUGCGCAGCAGCAGCGAGGCCCUUUACAACGAACUAGAGCCUGAAGAGCGUCUGCGUGUGUCUUCUGCACUGCACCUCCAUCCCGACAUGAAGACCCACCACGAUCGCCCGCUGGUAGUGGAGCACCGAGACGACACUACAGACAAUCCCAGACCCCUAGAAGGGAGGAGAAGUGAUGAAGAUUGGGAGACUCCAGAAUGUCAACCGUCCACCACCCACCCACGGAAACACCAUCGAUGUAGAGGUGAAAACGGAGAUGCAGGGGAGGGGCGGCACCACAGACACCACAGCCGAAAUAGAGAGAACCAUGGGGGCCUGGAACGCUCCUGCAGCCAGGACGGAGGUCAUAGGCACCACCAGCACAUAACUGGAUCUACAGAGGAGGGUUUGGGGUUGGAGGAGAGAGAACAUAGACGUCAUAAUAGUCGCAGCCCCCGAGAGGCUAAUGGAAGUGGCAAUGGCAUGAUAGGUAAUGGAGGCAGGGACGAGAGUAAGGUACGAGGACACAGAGAAGGGGAGGGAGGAAAUGGAGAAAGGAGGAGACAUCGGCCACGUGUUAAAGCCCAAUCCACGCUGGAUGGAGAGGAUUGUUGGGAGAAUGGGGGGAGAGAGGGCCCUAAAGCUUCAGGCCACAGACAUAUAGAAAUGGGGGAAGACAGUGUAGCCACCAGCCCUCUCCAGUCUCCUACUGAAGAGAAACAAGAAGACACAGAUAAUCCAAAGAACAGCACCAGAGUCGGCCCAACUGGAGUCAACAUCCCUGUCACCAUAACUGCCCCACCAGGAGAAACCACAAUAAUUCCCAUGAACAACAUUGAUGGUGACAGCCAAGAACUGAAUGAGGAAAAGAAAGAUCUGGAUGAUCUAAAUCCGAAUACACCCAAACAAAUCCUACCAUACAGCUCCAUGUUUGUGUUUGGUCCAGCUAACCCAGUGCGGCAACUGUGCCAUUACGUGGUCAAUCUACGUUACUUUGAGAUGUGUAUUCUAACGGUCAUCACCAUGAGCAGCAUUGCACUUGCUGCUGAAGACCCUGUGCAGGCCAAUGCCCCCCGCAACAACGUACUGAAAUACUUAGACUACGUCUUCACUGGCGUGUUCACAUUUGAGAUGGUUAUAAAGAUGAUCGAUCUUGGGCUGCUCUUGCAUCCUGGGUCUUAUUUCCGGGACCUAUGGAACAUACUGGACUUCAUCGUAGUCAGCGGUGCUCUGGUGGCCUUUGCCUGCUCGAGCUUCAUGGGAUCGCAGCAAAGCGUUACCAGAGGGACCAAAGGCAAGGACAUCAAUACCAUCAAGUCCCUCAGGGUCCUUCGAGUUCUGAGGCCCUUGAAGACCAUCAAACGUUUACCCAAACUCAAGGCCGUGUUUGACUGCGUGGUGAACUCGUUGAAGAACGUCCUCAACAUCCUCAUCGUUUACAUCCUCUUCAUGUUCAUCUUUGCGGUCAUUGCUGUGCAGCUUUUCAAGGGGAAGUUCUUUCACUGCACUGAUGAGUCCAAAGCACUGGAGAAAGACUGCAGGGGUCAGUUCCUGGAGUAUGACAAUGAUGGAGUGGCCAUGACCCUGCCGCGGAAGUGGGAGAAGUAUGAUUUUCAUUAUGACAAUGUCCUGUGGGCCUUUCUGACCUUGUUCACCGUUUCCACAGGAGAGGGCUGGCCAACAGUACUGAAACACUCUGUGGACGCCACAUAUGAGGACCAGGGUCCCAGCCCCGGUUACCGAAUGGAAACCUCCAUCUUCUAUGUGGUCUACUUCAUCGUCUUCCCCUUCUUCUUCGUCAACAUCUUUGUGGCCUUGAUCAUCAUUACUUUCCAGGAGCAGGGAGAUAAAGCGAUGUCAGAGUGCAGCUUGGAAAAGAACGAGCGAGCCUGUAUAGACUUUGCCAUCAACGCCAAGCCACUGACACGCUACAUGCCAGUGGACAAGCAAUCUUACCAGUACAAAAUGUGGAAGUUUGUGGUGUCCACUCCGUUUGAGUACUCCAUCCUGACCAUGAUCGCCAUCAACACAGUGGUGCUUAUGAUGAAGUUCCACAAAGCCCCUGAACCAUAUGAGGACAUGUUGAAGUGGCUGAACACCAUUUUCACAGCUCUCUUCACUCUGGAGUGCAUCCUCAAGGUCAUCGCCUUCGGUCCUCUGAACUACCUGAAAGAUGCAUGGAACAUUUUUGACUUUGUUACUGUGCUGGGGAGCAUCACAGACAUCCUGGUAACAGAGAUCAAGGACAAGAGGAUUAAUCUGAGUUUCCUGAGACUUUUUCGGGCCGCUCGUCUUAUUAAACUCCUCCGGCAGGGCUACACCAUCCGCAUCCUGCUCUGGACCUUUGUUCAGUCCUUCAAGGCUCUGCCGUAUGUGUGUCUCCUCAUCGCCAUGCUCUUCUUCAUCUACGCCAUCAUUGGGAUGCAGGUGUUUGGUAAUAUCGAGUUGACCGAAGAGUCAGCCAUCAACCAUCACAAUAAUUUCCGCACCUUUUUUCAGGCUCUCAUGCUGUUGUUCAGGAGUGCUACAGGCGAAGGCUGGCACGAGAUCAUGCUGGCAUGUUUGAGUGACAGGCCAUGUGACCAGCUCUCUGGCUCCAGUGGGAAAGAGUGUGGCAGUGAUUUUGCUUACUUCUACUUUGUUUCUUUCAUCUUCCUCUGUUCCUUUCUGAUGCUGAACCUGUUCGUCGCUGUCAUCAUGGAUAACUUUGAGUACCUGACACGUGACGCUUCUAUUCUCGGUCCUCAUCACCUUGAUGAGUUCAUCCGCGUCUGGGCGGAGUACGACCCUGCUGCCUGCGGAAGGAUACGCUAUAUGGAUAUGUACAAUUUGUUGCGUGUAAUCUCACCCCCCCUUGGCUUAGGAAAGAAGUGCCCUAAUAGGGUGGCAUACAAGCGGUUGGUGAGGAUGAACAUGCCAAUAGCUGAAGACAACACGGUUCACUUUACCUCUACUCUAAUGGCUCUUAUUCGGACUGCCCUGGAGAUUAAGUUGGCAUCAGGAGUUCUUGCUCAGCGGCUUUGUGAUGCUGAAUUAAGGAAGGAAAUAAACAAAGUGUGGCCGAACUUAUCUUCAAAAACCGUGGAUCUCCUGGUGACUCCUCAUAAACAUAAUGAGUUGACAGUGGGUAAGGUCUAUGCUGCUCUGAUGAUCUUUGACUACUAUAAGCAGAGCCGAACCAAGAGGCUCCAACAGCAGCAGGCUGCUGCAGGCACACAGAGUAAAGUAGGAGUUCUCUUCAGACCAAUGCUUCCUCUCUCACACUUACAUGAUCAGGAGCCACGAGUGCCAGAAGCCCCGUCCUCCUGUCAAUCAGAUACCACACCACAGCCAGAGCCCCCACCCACAUCAUUUCACCUAACCAAUGGAAAUGCAGUACAAAGCCAGAGCAGUGCCAUGAAAAAGUCUUCUUCGGGAGACACAUCUCAGGAAGUCGCACAAGAAACAAACAGGAAGAAAGUCCAACAUGUCCAAUCAGUUGACAUGCCAAACAUAUACAAAUCUCAGGAAUUAGUAGAGAUGACUGACGUGGAGAAUGACUCUGAUAUUGGUGGGUACCCUGUGCUUGGGGGUCACGGCAGAGCUGCCUCUAUGCCCAGACUUAACGCUGGCUUUCAGCGGAGCCACUUGCGCCACUCUGCCGGAACGUACCUAGCACCUAUCACUGACGUGAGCCCCAUGCGGCGUUCUACAUCCUCGUUAACUCCUCAAAGAAGGGUGCAGGAGGUCAGUUUGAACGAUUAUGACUUGGAGCGGCCCAUGCUGACUCCGGGCCAGACACCCACUCAGGAGAGAGACAGGGAGAGAACCAAUCAUCACCAUCAUCAUCAUCGCUGUCAGAGACGUAGAGACAAGAAGCACAAAUCACUGGAUCGAGCCAUCAGUGAGGAGCAGCCACCAACUGCAGAUCCAAACACGGUUCCGAGGGAACGAGACCGUGGGCGCUCUCACGAGAGGAAGAAAAAUGUGUCUUCAACAGCGGUAAGGAAGCAACAAUACUACUCGUGCGAUCGUUACGGCAGCCAUGAACACGGCUACAGCGUGUCAGCUGGACCCAGCAGAUCAACAUCGCCGGGAGAACCAAACAUCCCAAACAGGCUUAAACAGGGAAGUAGCACAGCUAAAGUAAGUUCAAUCGUUCAUACCUCUGGCACCAGCACACCCUGCCGUGGGCGUAGACAGCUCCCCCAGACGCCCCUCACUCCCCGGCCUGCUGUUGCUUACAAGACUGCCAACUCUUCCCCGGUCCAGCUCAACACUGCCCAGUCUACCGUGCCCUGCCACACUCGCCUUAGUCGUGGCCUAUCAGAGCACGAUGCCCUAAUCAGUGGUAACGGCCACCACCAAUCCCCUGUGCCUGUCACUCGAAUCGGCUCCGAUCCCAACUUAGGUCCCCUACAGCAGGACUCGCACUUGUCUGAAGCGGACGACUUCCAGGAUGCCUUGAGCACGUAUGGCACAGGCCGCUCACCCAGAACUGCAGCCUCCGUUGUCCACAUGUCGUCAGGUGCUGCUCCCACUUCUGUGCUGCUUUCACGCAGCCAGAGUGGAGUGCCCAAUGGAUAUCACUACUCCCUUGGAGUAAGUGCGGCCACUGGGGUGAGUGGCAGAGCUUCUGGAAGCUACAAAGAGACUGAAAGAGAUGAGUGGUGUUAGCAUGAUAGCAUGCAGGAUUUAAUUUAGCAUGAGUAUCUUCUUUGACUUAAAAUGGUGGCAAACAGUGGAGACCUACAAAAGGAAUAAUAAGGAAAAUCCAUCCACACUUACACAAUUUUUUUGCCGUUUACCAUCAAAUGGAGCCUGUAUUUUUCGGAAGAAGCAGACCUCUGUCACUGUUUACGAAAGUAUAAGCAAGAUGGAAUGCUUUACAAAUUAAUACGAUUAUUUGAUACAUUUCAACACAGUGUUGAAGGAAAGAAGAGUUUAGCCUCUAGUGACACAUUACCACCUCUUUUAAUGUCAUUAGUGCUAUUUCCACAAGGGUCAAGUGCAAGGAGAUGGUCACAUGAGCUGUACCUGUGAUCAAGACCUCAGACCUUAGAGGAGCACACCUAAAAACACAAGCUAUGAUGAAAACACUGGCCUGCUAACUCUGAUUCACAUGAGAAUUGAGAGGCUGUUUAGAUACUUUGCACAGGACACGAUGACUGAAAAGUUAUUUCUUGAAAUUUUAAGUUGUGCUGCUGUUAAAUUCUAAGGGGCCGUUCACUGUGAACACGUUUUUUUUGUCUGUCUGCACUGUUUAUGAAUUGUUAUUUCUAUGUAAACACCGUUGACCAUUGCACCGACUUUCUUGCAGGAGCACCAAGUUUUUUAGAUGCUGUGACAGGUUAAAAAGAACAUCAACUUAUAAAAAUGCAUCUCGAGACACCUUUGUUUUGUUCUAUUCGUUGUUCUGCAUCUAGCUUUUAUUUUUUUGCUAAAGAAUGCAUUAUGUCUAAACGGCCCCUUGGUCUUUCUCUGGUGUGAGUGGAAUAAAUGGUCUUCUGCCACCAACUAAAAAAAGGCCAAAUUGUACUUACUUUUCUAUCAGACUGCCGUAGAUUGAAUAUCUUUUCACAGUGUUCUAUUUUGUACCUUCUAAAUGAUCCGAGUGUAGCUGGACAUUACGUAAGGUCUAAUCCCUUUUUUACUCUCAAGAGGUAAGAUACCAAGUGCCUAAACUUUGAGAUUUAUUGCCACAUCUGUGUGAUGCAUUAUGAAGCAUUAUAACCUCAGAUGCUGUACGCUGUAGGUAAAUGUCACUGAUACAUGUUUUUUUAAUAGAUUUUAGCAUGUAUUUGAAGAAAGAGAUUUUGGCAUUGCACAAAACAGAGGCUGUAGCGUUAUAAAGAUAGUUUAGGUGGAUGUUGAUGAUGUUGGUCUUUUAAAAAUAUUUUCUUGAAAUUAUGCAGGGGGGAAAUAGAUAGAACAUAGAGUUUAAGUGCUAAUGAAAUUGAUUUAUGCAGGAUUGAAUAUAUUGAAAGGAUGUUUGAGGGUUGUACUUCAUGGUUGCUGUUGGUGUGUUGUUUCCAGAGAGCAUAUUUUGUGCACAUGACUUUCUCUUUUAGUAUUUGGUUGAAGGAGUAAGAGGGUGAGAAGGGUUGACUUCUUGGAAGGAGAAUUCAUAAAGGUGCAUUCUGCACUGUGUAUUAUUAUCCACAUAAAAUGUAUCAGUGCCACCUGAAAGAGUAUGUUGUAUUCUCUCGAUUAGUGAUAUAUUGUAAAAAAUUUUAUAACAGUUAAUUAAAUCAAGAACAAGGAUUUCGCUCUGCUGAUCUUAUCCAUAGUUUGUUGGCUUCCACCUUGUCUUUCUGAUUCAAGGCGUUUAUUAGAUAGGUUGGUAUCUCUUCACUCUAGGGUGAGUCUGCAAUUUACCCUUCCCUAAGCCCUGCCAUAAAACAUUACUUAUGAAUCCAACCUUAGCAACUGCUGUCAUUUGCCGUAAUAUCAGACAAGCUUUUGGUCUAUUCUAAUGCAUGUUUUUCCUAAUGCAUAAAUUAUCCCCCCAAAAUAUGGUUAAACAUUGUUCUUGGGAACAAUGAAACCCAGAGUAUAAAUAUAUAUAUAUAUAUAUAUAUAUAUAUAGUAUAUAUUUUUCCCUCCUUUUCCAGAUCUUAAAAUAGAGGUGCAUGCUGUGGACUACCUGCAAACUGUCAUAAUUCAUAAAAGGACAUGUGUAAAAUCAACAAAGACUGAUAUGUAAAUUAAUGUCACUAAUUUAAUAUUAAUUAAUGUAUGUAUUGAUUCAUGUCACAGAAGGGGUGAUAGUUACUAAAGACCUCAUAACAACAUUGUGAGACAUUAGGAACAGUUCUCUUCACUUACACUAAUGUUUAUUUGACUGUAAUAAGUGAAUGCUUCAAUUCUGAUUUGCAGUCUUGGGUGUUUCUAAACAUGUUACUAUGUAAUUUAAUCAUUUCGAAAAAUAUCAGAUAAAAAUGCUUUGCAAUGAUAAUACUUGAUUCCAGCCCACUUAAGAAUAUCAUCCUUUUGAUUUUUACACAUUUUACUGAAAAUCAUGCUGUUUAUCAAAACCCAAUUCAGUCUUAACCUUCUGAUACCCAAGCGUGGCUGCUGUGUGGAUUUUCCAUUUCCCUUUUUGAUUUGUAAAUAGUAGCACCUAAUAAAUAUAAUAAUAAUUAAACAAUAAAAAAGAUUUGAGCGCAAAUAGUUUUAAUAAUAAUUUCUUUCCACAUAUGUGGACAGCAGGACUAAAUCGUGAAAUUUUAAAUAUGAUAUCAUAUUCCCAUUACCAUAUUAUUAUUAUUUUUUUUAUAAUUUUGUUUAUUAUCUUUCCUGGAGUGUUGGUUAAUUAUGUUUUUGAGAUGUUACAGAUUUCACAUCAGAAAUUAGCAAAACUAACUCUGAUUUAAAGUAAUGGCCAGCAUCAACCAAUCACUGCCAACCAUUCUAAAAUAAAAUUAUACAGUACAUUAUAAAUUCUGAAUCUAUGUACUGAUUAUAAUUGCUCAAUGUCUGCCAAACAUGUUGAGUGGUCCAAACACCAUCUGCUGCCUGAAUCUGAACUUUUGGUCGGAUUUUAGGAGUAAAUGCACUUAGCAGCAUAGGAAAGCUAUAGGAUGCUCUCUCUUUCAUGACUUGCAGUCUGUCUGCACUGGCCUCAGAACAAUUAAAAAUGCACCUUAUUUUCAUCCUAACUUACAAAGCGCCCUUCUCAAUGUGAAAAUACAUAGUAAAAAUAGGAUUUCUAAUGGAAAAACUUGCACCAUUGUUCACUCUAGUGUUCAUUGUGUUGAACAGCAUUCCGUUUCGCAAUAUAUCGCUAAAAUUUUUAAAAAUGGCAUAUCGGAUGAAUUUAGAGACUGUAAUCUUUUGACUCAAACAAGUUUCAAUGUAAAAACUUACAGUUUUCUUACCAGUUAUAGUUUUGUUGGCAUUUCUCCCAAAGACAAACUCCGCUGUGGUCGGCGCCAUAUUGUUUUGUCACAUGACUCACAUGAAAGUUUAACCCUUUACUGACAGUCGAAAGUCUCCUGAACUUAGAUCAGUUGGUUUAAAUAAAUUUUAAUUUAGUUUCGUAUAGCGAAGCUUAAACACAAUGUCUGUGCAGAAGGACACAGGGUAGCACGAGGCUAUGGGUCAUUCUGUAAAGCUUGUCUAAGCAAGCAGCAGUAACCAAGGUGGGCAGGGCUUAGUAAAGGUAGAGUUGUGUGUACUUUAAUUGCAGGGAAAUGUUGACUGUUGAUGUGCAGUUGGGCUAUGCAACAAAAUGACACUUUAGGACUGCUCCUCCUCAUCCUGUAGGUAAAGACCUGCACUCUACAGACUCCAGCUUUAGCACCAGUGGGACCAAUUCUUUGCUUCACGGAGAUCUUGAUAUACAGGAUGUGUUGCUCACUCACAAAAUACAGCAAAUGACGCAACAGACGUUUUUGCUGAUAACGUUAUUGAUCUGCCCUUAAAAGUAUUAACAAUAUGUAGUGGUAUUCCUUUUGAUUGCACUAGGACGUGAACUGAUGUUGUUACUUAAAGUGUACACAACCUGUCACAAAAAAAGUAGGAAUAAUAUAAAGAUUUGUAUUUAAUUUUUUUUAAGUAUGUGAUGUCACAGUGAACUGCCUUUUACCACCUUUUCCUUAUUUUGGGAUGGAUCGAGUGUUGUGGACCCAACAGUUCUUUGACUGUCCCAGAAUUUAGACAUCAUCUUUCCUCUUGAAAAAUGUUUAUGCCACAUGCCAAAUUUCUUACAGCACUAGUUUGUCUCCUUGUGCUAUUUUUUGUUCAACCGCCCUGUGGCUAUGUCCUUGGAUAAUGUCAUGUUUGCAUGUUAUGACGAUAUAUGUGCAUGUAGGAAUUUGUAUACCUUCAUCCAUGGUUUUCUACGAGGAGUUAAUUGGCUGUUGAGUUUUUAAAAAAACAAUCUUUGAUACACUCACCCCCAGAUUUCUGGGAGAAAAUUAGAAGACCCUAUUCUUCUCAAUUUGUUGUAAAAGAAUUGUUAACCACAAUGGGGCAAUACAACAAGGCCACAGAUGAAUGUGAGUGCCUCACUGUUUUGACUUAAUGAUCUGUCUAUGAUGCCAUAUUUCUGCUCAUUGACUCACAUUCUUAUCAUCAUUCCUAUCAUGUACAUUUUGUAUGGAAACAAACAUCACUGAACUGAGAGAUAUAUGGAAAUAAA